CACAGAAUCUGCAGUUAUCAGUAAAUAUGUCUGUUCCUCCUCGUCCCGAUCCACCCAUUGUUGGUAAGGUGACUCAUAAUAGCAUAGAGCUGUACUGGAGAGCUCCUGAAGUUGUUGAUCAAGGCAAGGGAGACAGCCGGUUGAGAUAUUGUAUUCAAGAAGAGGAACUGGGCCCAAGGUCCAGAGGAUUUGGCAAUGUCUAUUCAGGUUACAGUAAAAUGAAUGUUUUUGAAGGCCUGGAGGCUCGCACACAGUACCGAUACAGACUGAAGUGUAUGAAUGAUUUUGGUUCAAGUGCCUGGAGUGCUGUUGUCACUGUGUCAACCACAAAGAAACCUCAAACCAGUGAAGAUCUCCAGAGGGCUGUCACUAAGGGAGAUGUGGAGACUGUCAGAAAUAUUCUGCCUGCCCCUUUUCCGGGCACAGCGGCCCAUUAUACUAUCAGCAGCCGCCAAGAAGAAAAAGUUAUUGAAACCGCUGUUGAAAUUUUUUCGAAAUAUGUACUUAUCGACUUAGUUUGGUCGGGCCGGACGGGAAAAAGGUUGGCUCAAUUUCAUGACGUACAGACCAAGCGCAGCGAGGUCCGUGCGCCAUGACGGAGAGCCAAAU